GAGAAACGGAAGCCGGAAGGGGACAAUUUUACAAGUUCUCCAGUAAGUGCAAUCCCUUCUGUCAACCCGGGAGAAAUGUGCUCAGAAAUGUAGUUUCCUUCAUACGUGCAAGGCGAGCGAAAGACUUCAUUGAUGUUGACUGGAUGUAGAAACCUUUCUUGGACAUUUUUAUUUCUAACCUACGGACGUGUUUGUACCAGGAGGAGCUUCAUCUCACAGACUUCUCUCCGCUCCUCUACCUCAACAGUUUCAUCCAUCCCUCUGACUCAGUCUUCACAGACUAAAAGUCACAGCUUCUUUCCUCUACAUCCAACAGUUCACUUCUCUCCCACCCGCCUCCUCUCUCGUUCUGUUCUUUCUCCCAGCCUGAUGGAGUUAAAGGAAGUCCUGCAGGUGUUGGAGCAGCUGGCUCCUCUGUCACUUGCAGAGUCGUGGGACAACGUUGGUCUGCUGGUCGAGCCAAGCAAAUCUCGGCCUGUCAAAACCAUCCUGCUAACCAACGACCUUACAGAUGCCGUCAUGGAGGAAGCGGAGAACAUGAGCUGUGACCUCAUCAUCUCAUAUCAUCCUCCAUUGUUUCGGCCAAUGAAGCGCCUUGUUCAGAAAGACUGGAAGCAGCGAUUGGCCAUCCGGGCGGUGGAGGCCGGGAUGGCGGUCUUCUCCCCCCACACUUCAUGGGAUAGUGUUAAAGGAGGAGUUAAUGACUGGCUGGUCGGGGGACUUGGUAGCGGUCAGGUGUCUGUGCUGAAUCAGGCACUCAGUGGCGCUUCCCACAGUCACAAACUGGAGUUCACAGUCAGGAGUGUGGAGCAGUUAAACCAAGUUAUGGAUGAACUGAAGGCUUGUGACAGUGGAACAACACUACAGCAUUCAGCCAGCAGACAUGACAGCAGUGGGAUCCAUGUCAGCUUAACGUGCAGUGACUCAGCGCUGACCCCCAGUGUCCAGACUCUGUUACGACACAGCGCCUCCAGCCAGUCGCUCAGCAUCCUGAAGUUAGAAAAGCCCCCUAUCCCAGGCCACGGUGCAGGACGUCUCAGUGUUUUGGGAGAGCCAGUUACUGUGGCAACAGCCGUCCAGAAAAUGAAGUCCCACUUGGGGUUAAGUCACCUCCGUUUGGCUCUGGGAGUGGGGCACACACAAGAUACCUCUGUGUCUACUGUGGCAGUGUGUGCUGGAUCUGGGGCCUCAGUGCUGAAUGGAGUCAGAGCAGACCUCUACAUCACAGGUGAGAUGUCCCACCAUGAAGUCCUGGACGCUGUGGAAAAGGGAACCAGCGUCCUGCUCAGUGACCAUAGCAACAGUGAGCGGGGUUUUCUGACUGUUUUCAGGGAGAGGCUGGCUGUGCGUCUUCCAGACAGUGUAAACGUGGUGGUGUCAAAGGCUGACAGAGACCCUCUGGAGGUUGUCUAACCAUCUCUGAGCUGCAGUAGCACAAACUACGAACAGAGUAUAUUGGAUCAUUUUUCAAUAACAUUACAAAACAUUACGAAACCACUGUUGGUCUGUCUGUCUUACGGAGUAAUUCAAAUUAUGUGUGUGACAUGAUUGCAUAAAGAAACAGAUUUUACAUGCAGGCUCUGUUAUGUAAAGGUCUGAAAGCAUCAAACUAUUUCACAUGCUGUGAUGAAAAGUGCUUCCUUCAUACAGGCUGUAUUAAUCAUGUAUUCCUGGCAAGAUCUUAAUAAAAUUGGGUCCCGCUUGAUCAAAAAAAUGGACUGUAGGCAUGUUGGGUAAGACAAAAUAUAAUCAGCACAUACAUGCAAAGAGUGCUGAAA